AUGGCCACGUACUAUAUGUACUUCCCGUUCCUGACUUGCGAGGUAAAGUGCGGCGCCGGGGGGCUCGACAUCGCCGACCGACAGAACGCCCACAGUAUGACCCUUGCGGUGCGGGCCAUUGUCGAGCUUUUCCGUGCUGUAAAGCGCGAGGAUGAGGUUAACCGGGAGAUCCUCGCCUUCUCCGUCUCGCAUGACCAUACCUCAGUCCGGAUUUAUGGCCACUACCCGGUCAUAGCCGGGAAAGGCAUCAAGUACUACCGCCAGCCAAUCCACAAAUUUGACUUUAAUACACUUGACGGACAGGACAAAUGGAUGGCAUAUCGAUUCACGAAGAAUGUCUACGACACAUGGAUGCCCAAGCAUUUCGAGAACAUCUACUCUGCCAUCAAUCAGUUGCCGUCGGAUUUGGACUUGGAUGUCCCACCACUUUCUGAGGCGACCGGGCUUUCCCAGGAUUUAGGAAACCUGAUGCAGUCGGGUGCCAGCUCCCCUUCUGCUGGCGAGCAGGAUCGCUAG